CUCCAACACUCAAAAACCUACCUCUUUCUCUCACAUUCUUCAAUUCUGCUUCUCUCCCGCUUACCCAUGGAGAUGGAGGAUCCGAAUCGCCUUCUUCGACCGUCUCAAUUCGAGUUCCAGCUGCUGCACUCUCAUUCACAGACUCAGAAUCAUCAGAACCAUCCGAGCUAUCUGCUUCCGUCUUUGCUUUCCUCUCAACAUCUUCUUCCCCACUCAUUUCCUGCUUUCGCUCCUUCCAUCGACUCCGGCCAUCACCGCCUCUCCGAUAGCGCUUUUGCUUCUCACGCGGACGCCCAUUCUGCUUUUGCUAAGCUGGCGUUGAGACCAAAGAAGGAAAUAGAUGAUGUGGCUCAGAUUGGUGGGCAUGAAGCUGCUGCUGGACCGAGCAAGGUACUUCAUGAUCCGUCGUUAUCUAUUCCACAGUCCUGCACGGGUAGAAAACAUAACCCUAAGUCAAAGGUUCCUAAGCAUACGAAAGCUGGGACUCAAAGAUCAACUGCGGAUUCUCAUAAUGGUCUGAAUCCAGCUAUUGGUUGCCGCUAUGACAGCUCUUUAGGCUUGUUAACCAAGAAAUUUGUUAGUUUAAUUCAGGAGGCCAAGGAUAGAACCCUUGAUUUGAACAAAACAGCAGAGGUGUUGGAGGUUCAAAAGCGGAGGAUAUAUGAUAUUACGAACGUUCUUGAAGGAAUAAAUUUGAUAGAGAAAACUUCAAAGAAUCAUAUACGCUGGAAGUGUUAUGAGGGGUCGACACCAGGGGAGCUAGAUGAUCAAGUUUCUAGAAUACAGGAUGAAGUUGAAAGUUUAUAUGCUGAAGAAUGCAGGCUUGAUGAUGCUAUAAGGGAAAAGCUAGAGCUUCUGAGGGCCCUGGAGGAAGAUGAAAAGAAUAAAAAGUUCCUAUUUUUGACGGAGGAAGAUAUUUUAAGCCUUUGUUGCUUCCAGAAUCAAACACUUAUUGCAAUAAAAGCUCCCCAAGCUAGUUAUAUUGAAGUUAUUGAUCCUGAUGAUGAGGAUACUUGUUUUCCCCAAAAGCAGUUUAGAAUGAUUGUCAGAAGCACUAUAGGACCUAUACAUUUGUACCUCUUGAGCAAAUACCAAGGGCAACGAGAGAAUAUUGCUGUUAAGCAAGCUAAAUCAGUGGGUUCAUCUUCUUGGAAUAGUAGUGAUUAUUCCAGAGUGGAAGACGGAGGGCUUUCUUCAUACCAUCAGGGUAAUAAAAAGGACAGUUCUGAAAUUCUCAGCUUACCAGGCUCAGAGGCAUCUUCUGGGAUUCAGAAGAUUAUUCCUUCACACGUCAAUGCCAAUGACGAUUAUUGGUUUAGAUCAGAGCCUGAAGUCAGCCUGACAGAUCUAUGGGCGAAUUAGGACUGGGCCCAGAGCAAAUAACCUCUCCUUCAAGACAAUUCUGGGAAGAGUGGUGCAGCAUUGGCCAAUGGACAUUGACCGUAGUGUAAAUGGGAAUCAGGUGGUUGAUUGCUCCAGAUGGCAUGAAGGGUGCUAUAUUCUUUUCCUGUUUUGAUAUGAAAUUGUGUAGCUAGACCUUUUUUAUUUUAUAUAUCUUUUUUAUAGUAAAAUCCAUAGUUGC